AUGCCGUUUGACUCUGACAAACUGGCGGGCUCGUUGGCAAACGAGCCCCGGCUACCUAUGCCAUCGGCAACCUCUACCUCGCUGGCUGGCACCAAGCGCCCGGCUCCCUCGCUGUUGCCCCCAUUUGAGCUCCUGUCUUCUUCGCCAGGCCUCCCUCGGACCUCGAAACGCCAGAACACGGCUACGGAUGCCAGCCUGCGGUAUCCCACACCCAUUCCUACAUCCAGCACGGGUAUCUUGUCUAGCUCCCCGUUGCGGCGCAACUCGGCAGCCAUUGGUGAGGCUCGCAAUGCUAUGGUUGAGAAGCGCGCUCCUUUAGGUGCUUUGCCCUCGGUUGAACUCGCCGAAAACGGAGAGCCGCUGCUUAUGGGCCGUUCCUCCAACUCCGCCCACUACCAGCUGUCAGCUAGCCGCCUGAUAUCGCGCGUCCACGUCAAGGCUCGCUUCGUUGCUGCCACUGAGCCCGAAGAGGCAAACAAGGUAGAAAUUGUUUGUGAGGGCUGGAAUGGGUUGAAGCUGCACUGCCAGGGCCGCAGCUGGGACCUUUCGAAGGGUGAUACCUUCUCUAGCGAAACGGAAGCCGAGAUCAUGAUUGACGUUCAAGAAGCGCGCGUGUUGCUCCAAUGGCCGCGUCUCUCCUCGGCGAUCGACAAUGUUGGCAAUCUAUCCGACUCAAGCUGGGACGAUUCUCCCCCACGAUCCCAAACACGCCCCGGUCGUCUCUUUGACUCAUCCCCUCUCCGUCGUCAUGCGGCCUCUAUCCGGUCUCCUGAAAGCCCCACGCCCGUUCAUUUGGCGAGCUCACAGCGCCUACACGACCUUCUUCCUAGCCCGUCGGAGCUUGAUGGCGCCAUCGAGAUUUAUGAGGACGAGCCAGAACUCCCUGGUCAAAUAACUCUAGAUCCCAAUGCCAGUAUGCUGACGGAAGCCACUGCUAGCUUCCACAGCCAUUUGGACGACGAGGAAGACGAUGAAGCAGAGCACAACCCCGAUGAGGAAAAUGACCCCAUCGUUCAUUCAUUCGGCCCAUUCGGUGCUGAUAUAUCCAACCGCCUGGCAUCGAUUCUGGGCAAGUCUCCUCGUGCGGGGAAUCCUCUAGGACGCGAUAUUCCAGAGCUUGCAGAGAACCCAGAGGCAUCCGAGACGCAUACUGAGAGCAGCUUACUAUCUGACCCACCCUCUCCAGAGACCAGGGAUGAGGAGACGCCCACACCGGAUGAUCAGUUGCUUAGUGAGGAGGAAGAGGAUCGGGAACCAACGCCCCAAAAGCCCAAAGUCACUGUCCACCCCGGGGUCGCCAACCAUGUGGUCAAUCAACUCGCCUACUCUCGGCUCUCAUCCACGCCUUUGUCGGUCAUCAUGCAACACCUCCCUGACGAUUUCAAGGUCGACUUGACCCGGGAUGCUCUUUGUGAAGUCAUUGAGUCGACAGGAUGUCUUGGUAUAAUUCCACGCCAGGGCAAGGACGCUGCAGGCAAGGUGCUAGAGAGCGAGUACUACUACCUACCCGAGAAAGACAAUGACAGUGAGCGCCGGGCUGCUGUUGUAGAUGAUCUGCGCAAGCCCAGUUUGAGGAACUGUCGCAAGCAGCACAAGCAGUAUUACUGGAAGCGCCCUCGCACGCCUUAG